AUGGCGCAUGACGACUCAGAAUUCAGCUCUUCCGACGAGGAGAUCUUAGAGCAUCAAGUGGGUUCGAGGAAGAGAAGAAAGCUUUCACCAAGUGCUGAGGACUCUGAUCAAUCCUCUGAAGGCGCCCAGACGGCGGCCCCAGCCCCAGUGCAGCCAGUGUCAACAAUCUCGAGGAUCAAGACGAAGAGCCGAUCUAGCCAAAAUGAGACCCAGACUUCUGCGUCGUUACGUCCUUCAGGACCACCUACAAAGGAAAAGCUGAGCUUCGCUUCUAUCGAUGUAGCUCCCUGGUUGGUUGCUUCUCUGUCGUCCAUGGAAAUCAAACGGCCCACCGGAAUUCAAGCGGCUUGCAUUCCGGAAAUUCUCAAAGGCAGAGACUGCAUUGGAGGGAGUCGUACUGGUACAGGUAAAACUGUAGCCUUCUCGGUGCCCAUCAUGCAGAAGUGGGCAGAGGAUCCUGUAGGCAUCUUUGGGCUCAUCAUCACCCCAACGAGAGAACUGGCCAUCCAGAUCUUCGAGCAGGUCAAGGCGAUAUCAGCACCUCAGUCGAUGAAACCUAUUCUUAUUACCGGUGGAGCGGAUCAACGUGAGCAGGCGAUCAACUUGGCCUCCCGACCGCAUAUAGUGGUUGCAACACCCGGACGCCUGGCAGAACACAUCAAAACCUCUGGAGAGGACACCAUUUGCGGUCUGCGGCGCGUCAAGUUCGUCGUCUUCGACGAAGCCGAUCGACUGCUUACACCAGGGAAGGGCAGUAUGCUUCCAGAUCUCGAAACCUGCCUCUCGGUCGUCCCGCCACCGACACAGCGCCAGACGCUCCUUUUCACCGCUACAGUAACACCAGAGGUUCUUGCGCUGAAAGAGCAACCACGCCCCGGCCGCCCACCGAUCUUCGUGUGUGAAGUCGAUACCGAGGAACUUGCUGUCCCACCCAAGCUGCAGCAGAAGUAUAUCCAGACGCCCGUCACACACAAGGAAUGCUACCUGCACGUUGCUCUCGAGACACCCGAGAAUCUCAAGAAAUCUGUCAUCAUCUUCUGCAACCGCACGAAGACGGCCACUCUACUCGAAUACAUGCUUCGCCUGCUGGGCCAUCGCGUCACAGCUCUUCACUCUGGCCUCAAGCAAUCCGAUCGCGUCAACAACCUCGCUCGCUUCCGUGCACAAGCUGCACGCAUCCUCGUUGCAACUGAUGUUGCGGCUCGAGGUCUUGAUAUUCCAGAAGUAGCGCUGGUCAUUAACUACGAUGUACCUCGCGAUCCGGAUGACUACAUUCACCGUGUUGGUCGUACAGCUCGUGCAGGACGCGUAGGAACCAGCAUCACACUGAUCGGGCAACGAGACGUCGAGCUGAUUCUCGCCAUCGAGAAGCGUGUAGGCAAGAAGAUGGAGGAAUACGAAGAGGAGGGCGUCAGCAUCGAGGGCAGGGUUGUACGCGACGCGUUGAAGCCAGUUACGGAGAAGAAGCGUGAGGCGAUGUUGCAGAUCGAGGAGGGGCGAGACGUGUUGGGCAAGAGAAAGACUGGCAUGCAAAAGCGUAGAGCUAACUAG